UGUCCGGCUGGCCGAAUGACAGACAGCUGGAGGUGUUGUGCUGGGGGAAGCAGAGCGAGCGUCCCACCUGUGGAGAGCAGAAUCUGAGCGCGAGAGCCUUGAAGAGCUGAAGCCCGAACCUCUGAGGACCCCGGGUUCUACCGAGCGACAUGUUUAAGAAGAAGACCACGAAGAACAGCGUGACCAUCACGCAGAAAAAACCCGCCACUGAUCUGUCUGUUCUGAUCGAGAAGCUGCAGAAAAAUGCUGAUAAAGUGGAAAAGCACAUCACGGAAACGGAGCAGAACCUCAACAAGGAUGUCAGUAAGAUCAAUGAGGGGAAGCCUCCGCUGUAUCAGGACGCCACCAACAAGUCCAUCCUGAGCGCUCUGGAGCUGCUCACCAGCCUGGACGAGGACGCAGCCGAUGCCAGACGCCUGCAGCACCCGCAGGCCGAGAUGAUCCAGCAGGAUAUGAAGCAGCUGCGCGAGCGUGUGAUGAAGCUGAGGGACGAACACAACCACAUUUACCACCUGACCCGCUCUGAGGGGCUGCCCAGCGUCAACUGGGGCAAAAUCAUCGACGAGAAGCUGGCAAAUCUCAACAACAAAGGGUUUGGUCAGGACCUGCCCACCAUCGAGAAUGAAGUUGAGGAGCACAAUAUCUUUCACAGUGAAGUGGAGGCUUUAGCUCCUUACAUCACCGCUGGAGACGACAGGGACUAUCAGCAGCAGAAAUACAACAAACUCAUGGCCAGCUCCACUGCCCGGCAGAAGAACCUCCUCAGUCUGAAGGACUACAUGCAGCGCUGCACUAAUGAGCUGUAUUGGCUGGACCAGCAGGCUGAUGAGCGCAUCGGUUACGACUGGAGCGACGCUAACCUGGACUACCCCGCCCGCAAGAGACAGUACGAGAAUUUCAUCACUAAGUGCCUGGAGUCCAAGGAGACGACCGUCACGAAGCUGAAUGAUGAUGGAGAGAAGCUCAUCGCACAGGACCACCCAGGGAAGAACGUCAUCGAGGCCCAUAUGGAGGCUGUCCAUGCAGACUGGAAGGAGUAUCUGAACCUGCUGAUCUGUGAGGAGAAUCACCUCAAGCACAUGGAUGAGUACCACAAGUUUAACAAAGAGGCCAGAGACACUCAGGACCUGCUGAAGCGACUGGAAACUGAAAUCCACCAGAAGUACAAUCCAGAGUUUAAAGACAUGUACCAACUGGAAGGACUUCUCACUGACCUGGGGGACCAGGCGAAGGCCAUGGAUCACUUUGAUGAGCGAGUGAAGGCUCUGCAGAACCGCAGCCUGCAGGUUCUCCCACUCAAGUACCGCAGAAACCCUCCUCAGAAGCUCCUGCCCGUGGAGGCGCUGUGUGAAUUUGACGCAGAAGAGGGUCAGAUUCUGAGAGGCGAGCGCUACACCCUGCUGAGGAUCAACGGCAACAAGUGGGAUGUUAAAGACCCGGCCGGCCGCACACUGAGCGCUCCUGGUGUUUGUUUCAUGAUCCCACCCACCGACCCAGAAUCAAUCGCCAUUUCUGAGAAUCUGGUCAACCAGCAGAAGAGCAUCAAGAAGAAGGUGGCCAGCAGCAAAACAGCGCUGCAGACUCGGCUUGCUGACCUGAGGAAGGACAGCACGAGUGGACAAGAUAAGCAGGAGCUGCAGUGCCGCCAGCUGAUGGCUGGACUGGAUAAAGUGGUGAAUGACCUGGAUAAACAGGAGAAGGCCAUUUACUCUCAAGUGCGCCCCCCUCUGGAGCAGACCCGUCCUCUUCAGGACACCAGUGACAGGCUGCAGCACAUGAAGGAAAUCGCCUCUGCUGUCCGCAGGAUAGAACCAGAGAAGACCUCCAAAGUUCAGGAGGCUGAAGUUUUCCUGAAGUCCAGCCCAAAAUGUGCCAGCGUCCCACAGCUCUACUCCAAGGUGGCUGAGACGAACAACAAAUACAACAAAGUGGACCAGCUGCUGAAGUGCGCAGACGACAAACUUCAGAACACCAACCGCCUGGAGAACUCCAUCCAGAAUGCCAAAAACGUGCUGUCCACCUAUGAGAACAGACUGGCCAGAGAAGAGGUGGCUCCAUCUGACCUCAGCUCUCUGGAGAAGACUCAGCGUGAGCUGUCUGACAUAGCGUCUGAUCUGCGGGCCAAGAGGUCUGUGGUUCCGGAGAUGGAGCAGAACCUGAGGUCUGCUAAGGUCAGCUGUGAUAACAUGGUGAACAAGGUCCAGGAAUACUGCCCUGAUAUCGAGAGGCAGGAGGCUGACGUCCAGAAGCUCAGCACGCGCUACGAUAACCUCAACAGGCAGGUCGAGUCCAGAUCUCAGAAUCUGCAGAGAGCUAAAACGGCCUACAACAACUACCGCAACGAUUACGACAACCUGAACAACUGGCUGUCCCGCGUGCCCAACUACGAGCCACGUGAGACCGACGACAUCAGACAGGUGGAGGCCAAGCUGAAAAACCAGAGAAAUCUGCUCUCUGACAUCGCAAGAAAGGAGUCAGACUUGAACAACGUCUCAAAGAACGCUCAGCAGUACCAGCAGGCGGUCAAGGACUACGAAAGUGACGCUGAGAGAUUCCGGUCCGUCCUUGACCUUGAAGACGGUUUGGUUCCACAAACGUACAAAAGGAGCAAAUUGGAGUCUCCUGCCCUGAGAGUGAAGGGAGAGGAAGCAGCCAUCGAGGCCAAAUUCACUGAGGUCAAUGCUGUUAAUAAACAACGACUGCAGAACCUGGAGUUUGCACAAAGUCUGCUCAAUCAGCAACCGGAGGUGCAAAUAAUCCAGCAGAAUGUCCAGACUGUGAAAGCUAGUGCUCCAGGAGAAGAACCCUGGAGAGUCAAGAAGCAGCUGGAGGAAGAGGUUCUGAAGAGACAGCAGCUGGAGAAAGAAAUCAAAACAAUUCAGACCGACAUCUACUUGCUGGAAGGACAGAAACCGCAAGACACAAUCGUCAAGAAAGAGUUGAUCAAGAAGGUGCCUGAUCCUCAGCUAGACGAAGAAAUCAGCAAAGUCCAGCAGAAGCUCUCAGACGAGCGCAGGACCACCCGUAUCCUGGAGGGUGAGCUGGACUCUCUCAGGGUGAAGCUGCGUGGGAUUGAGACGGAGAUGAAGGAAGGCGCUCAGCAGUACACGGUCAAAGAAGUUCUCCGCAUUGAAAGAGACAGAGGACAGGAGGAGGAGGUGAGGAAGCUUAGGGAAGAGCUAGAGGAGCUCAAGAGACAGAAGAUAGUGAAGGACAAUGAAGUGAUUCAGAUCCAGAAGCAGAUAACUGUCCUGUCUGCGGAGAAGAACAAGGAGCAGGAGGUCAUCAAGGAGGAAGAAGUCGUAAAGGUUCAGAAUGAUCCUCAGCUCGAGAGCGAGUACAGAUUGCUCAUUGAGCGUAAGCAGAAAGAAAUAGAUAACCGGAAACAACUUGAGGACGAGCUUCGAUUCCUGCAAGAAAAACUGAGGCGCCUGGAAAAGGAAAAGGCCAUGGCUGAGGAGAAGAUCUCCAUCAGAGAGGUCCUUAAGGUGGAGAAAGAUAUUGCCCUAGAGAGGGAGGUUGAAAACCUGAGAAGGCAGCUUGAGGACGAAAAGGCUAAACGCAUGUCCGCCCAGAGAGAGAGAACAGACAUUCAGCGGAAGAUCGUGAGCCUUGAGGAGGAAAAAUCAAAGAUUAUUGUUCAGGAGAAGGUGCGCGAGAUUGUUCGACCCGAUCCCAAGGCAGAAACAGAGGUUGCCAAUCUCAGGCUGGAACUUGUGGAACAGCAGAGAAGGUGCAGAGAUGCCGAACUCCAGCUUAAGACCUUCCAGGACGAGCUGAUAGUGCUGAAGAACAGAGGUCCACAGAUCGAGUACAAAGAAAUCAUCAAGGAGGUGAUCAGGUACAAGACUGACCCUGAAACUGAGAGAGAGCUUGAGAAACUCAGAAACGAAAUUGUGGACAAGACCCACCAGACGGAGAAGUUUGAGAUUGAGAUCCUCCAACUGAAGGAUGAGAUUCAGAGGUGGAAAGAAACCAAGCCUCAGGUGCAGACCAAGGAGGUGGUUAAUGAGGUCCUUCAGUACAGGGAGGACCCUAAAACCAGAGAAGAAAUCGAGACUCUCAAGAGGAAACUUGCUGAGGAACAGAGGAAGCGCUUAGAUCUGGAGAGAGAACGGGCUUCCAGCGAAGAGAGGAUCAGAAUUAGGAAGUUAGACUUGUCGCAGGUUAGGGAGAAGAUCGUCCAACAAGAGGUGGUGAAGAUGGAGGAAGACCUAGUCUUGAGGUCCGAAUGCGAGACCUUGUCUCAGAACAUCAGCACUGAGCUGAGGCAGAGGGAAAUCCUGAAGGACGAACUUGCCAGGCUGCAGCGUCAAAAGGCUGAUCUUGAGCUCCAGCUGGAGGAACUUGAACGUGAACGCAAAGCCCGUAGAGAAGCCGAGCUUGAAAUUCAGAGGUUGCGGGUAAGGCUCACUGAGCUGGAGAUCAGGGACAAGGAGAACAGAGAGAGGGUCACGGUGAAACAAAAAGUCGUCCUACAGCAAGAUCCUCAGCAGGAGAAAGAGCACUCCAUCCUACGCCUUCAGGUUGAGGAAGAGAGGCACAAGCGCAUCCUUCUCGAGAAAGAAUUCAACGCUCUAAUUCAGCAGCAAGAGACCCUGGAGAGGACGGAGGUCCGGGAAAAAGUCGUACGCACAGAGAAGAUUCAGGUCGAAAGAGAUCCCGAAGCAGAGCUUGAGAUUGAGAGGCUGAAGAGAAGCCUUGAGGAAGAGACGAAACGCCGGCAAGAACUGGACUUAGAACUUACCACGAUCACGUCCAGAUUGACCGAAGUAGAGUUCACAAACACAAAGUCAUCCAAAGAGCUGGACUACAUCCGUGACGAGAGCAACAGACUCCAGCAGGAGAACCAGCGCCUCCUGAACGAAAUAAGGAAACUUCAGGCUGAGAUUCAGAUCACCACGAAGGAAACCAAACAGAUCACAGAGUCUCUUCCCCUGGACAACAGCAAGAACCUGGAAAUCCGGGUAUCGUCCCUACAGAAAGAGCUGUCCGAACUGAGACGCAUCACGGUGGAGAAAGAAGAAGAGAUCGAAAAGCUACAGAAGAGUCUGUCUGCGGUGAGGGUGAAGAGAGAACAAAGAGAAAGUCAUCUCCGUCGUUCCAUUGUCAUCAUCGACCCAGACACCGGCAAAGAAAUGAGGCCCGAAGAGGCGUACAAGCUGGGCUUGAUCGACUGGAAGAUGUUCGUCAACCUCCAGAGUCAAGAGUGCGACUGGGAAGAGAUCACCGUCAAGGGUCCAAACGGGGAGUCGUCUGUUCUUCACGACAGAAAAUCGGGCAAGAAGUUCUCCAUCGAGGAUGCCCUGAGGGCUGGACACAUCACUCGCCGUCAGCUACAGCAGUACCAGAACAAAGAAAUCACCAUCCAGGAGUUUGGCGUCAUGGUUUCUGGAAAUGCCAAAUAAUUACCAAAGAUAUUACGUCUUUUAUUCUACUCUGUCACUUUACUUCCUUGGUUAAAAGUUCUUGAUUAAGCACACGUUUCCUUGGGCUUUCAGAUUCUAGAUAAAAUCAUACUUUGUUCUCUCUCAGUGCACAGUGUAUUUAUUUCCACACGCAUUCAUAUAUCAAUGCACCCGGCUGUUCUUUGCUUCCGGUUCUGAAUUUUGGGCUAGUAGAGAGAAUGUCUAAGCUACGUUUGUGUCCUUCUUGAAGGCUAGACAGAGGUAAUGUGAUUGAACAGGGUGAGUGUGAUCUCUGACUGUCCCUAUGAUGUUCUUAUGAAAGCCUUUGUAGUGAGUCUAUAAAAGCUUACUUUUACCCAUAUUACACAUACUUUUUACUGUGCUGUCAUCAUGUCACUUUGAAUAUUUCUUUUUAUAAAUGGUGUCAAAUUACCAUCUUUGUAUUGUUUCUUGAGAUAAAAUAUAUGUGGGCAAACUGGA